GCGAGGCCUGAGGCGGGGAAAGAGGCGGAGCGGCGGCUGAGGCGGCAGCGCGCGAGAGGAGAGCGAGCGGAGCCGCCGGCGCCAGAGAGAGAGAGAGAGAGAGAGAGAGAGGAGGAAGCCGGUCCUCUUUAAGGUUCCGCUUCUCCGCCGCUCAGAAUUCUGUUUUGCAUGCCGUGCCUUUUCUGAAGUGCCACCCAUGGUGGACUCUGAUGAAACUGCCCUAAUACAUUCCGGGAUGGCAGUUAGCUGAUGGACAGCUGAGAAUGACCUUGACUGACAGACUGCGGGAGAAGAUAUCACGGGCGUUCUACAACCACGGGCUGCUGUGUGCUUCCUGCCCCAUCCCUAUCAUCCUUUUCACUGGCCUCUGUGUCCUGGCCUGCUGCUACCCACUGCUGAAACUCCCAUUGCCCGGCACUGGACCUGUUGAAUACACCACCCCUGUGAAGGACUACGCGCAGCCUCCAGCCUACCCAACCCACCAGCAAGGAGAGCCGAACGAGAGGCCUGACUGGUACACAGGCGCUCCUGUAGCCUACAUUCAGCAGGUCCUGGUGAAAGCCACUGUCUCUCCAUGGCCCAAGACGUUCCUGGCUGUUGAUGUGUUUCGGUCCCCGCUCUCCCGUGUCUUCCAGCUAGUGGAGGAAAUCAGAAACCAUGCCCUGCAAGACGGCUCCAGAAUCAAAAGUCUGGAAGAAAUCUGCCUUCAGGUAACCGAUCUCCUUCCCAAUUUAAAGAAGCUUCGAGGCUUGCUUCCUGAACAUGGCUGCCUGCUGCUGUCCCCAGGAAACUUCUGGCAGAAUGACCAGGAACUCUUCAGUGCUGACCCGGAUGUUAUCAGAACGAUCCACCAGCAUGAACCAAAGACAUUACAGACAUCGGCUACCCCCAAAGACCUGCUGUUCGGAGUCCCAGGGAAGUACAGCGGGGUGAACCUAUAUAACCGGAAGCGAGUGGUAACCUACACCAUUACCCUGGGUCUUCAGCGCUAUGAUUCCAGGUUCCUCGCCAGCCUCCGCUCCCGCCUCAAGGCGCUGCACCCCAGCCCCAACUGCACCCUGCGGGAAGAGCACAUCACCCACGUCCACUUCAAGGAAGAGAUCGGCAUCGCUGAGCUCAUUCCCCUUGUGACCACCUACAUCAUCCUCUUUGCCUACAUCUACUUCUCUACGCGGAAGAUUGACAUGGUGAAAUCAAAAUGGGGCUUGGCUCUGGCUGCGGUUGUGACGGUCCUGAGUUCUCUGCUCAUGUCGGUUGGAUUGUGCACACUCUUCGGCCUGACACCUACGCUCAAUGGAGGGGAGAUUUUCCCUUACCUGGUGGUAGUGAUUGGCCUAGAGAAUGUGCUGGUCCUCACGAAAUCUGUCGUUUCCACGCCCGUCGACCUGGAAGUGAAGUUGAGGAUUGCGCAAGGUUUGAGCAACGAGAGUUGGUCAAUUAUGAAGAACAUGGCUACAGAGCUGGGGAUCAUUCUGAUUGGCUACUUCACCUUCGUCCCAGCUAUCCAGGAAUUCUGCCUUUUUGCUGUGGUGGGCUUGGUGUCUGACUUCUUCCUCCAGAUGCUCUUCUUCACCACCGUCCUGUCCAUUGACAUCCGCCGCAUGGAGCUUGCGGAUCUGAACAGGCGCCUCCCGGCUGAAGCCUGCAUGCCCUCCUCCACCAAGCCGGCGAGCCGAUCCCAGCGGUAUGAGCGGCAGCCCGCCGUGCGGCCUGCCACCCCGCACACCAUCACCCUGCAGCCCUCCUCCUUCAGGAACCUGCGCCUGCCCAAGCGCCUGCGGGUGAUCUACUUCUUCGCCAGGACCCGGCUGGCGCAGAGACUCAUUAUGACGGGGACCAUGGUGUGGAUUGGCAUCUUGUUUUACACCGACCCGGCCGGCCUCCGCCCUUACCUGGCCUCUCAAGUCACGGAGCAGAGCCCACUGGGUGAGGCAGGGCUGCCCGCCAUGCCGGUUCCUGGGGAGGUCCUUCCCACCGGCGACGCCAAGCUGUCCCUCUCUGUCUUCGCUUCGGACCCCGUCCAGCAGCUGUCAGAGAACCAGACGCUGGAUUCGCUGAGCAGGCAAGAAUCGAGCCCCCGUGCCAAGGCUGAAGAGCAGGAGAGCCGGGGGAGCAGCGGGCAGCCGGAUCUGGGCCCCAAGGCGGAAGUGACAUGGGGAGUGGAAGAUGAGGAGAUCUGGAGGAAGCUCUCCUUCCGGCACUGGCCUUCUCUGUUCAGCUACUACAACAUCACGCUGGCCAAACGGUACAUCAGCAUCCUUCCAGUGAUCCCAGUCACGCUGUACCUGAACCCGCAGGAGGCCUUGGAGGCACGCCAUCCUCACGAGGCAAAUCGAUACUACCCAUUCUUCGCACCCAGCAGUGAGAAGUCGGAGCAGGUGGCGGAAGGUGUGCCCAAAGUGCAAGGGCACCAAGACGUCACGCUGUACAAGGUCGCUGCUUUGGGACUGGCGUCUGGGAUCCUCUUGGUCCUCCUCCUCUUCUGCCUGUACAAAAUCCUGUGUCCCAAAAACUAUGGGCAGAACGGGCUCUCCCACAGCCGGCGUCGAAGAGGAGACCUGCCCUGCGAUGACUAUGGCUACUCUCCGCCGGAGACAGAGAUCAUCCCUCUGGUCCUCAGGGGCCACCUGAUGGACAUUGAGUGCCUGGCUAGUGACGGGAUGCUGCUUGUGAGCUGCUGCUUGGUGGGCCAGAUCCGUGUGUGGGACGCUCAGACGGGCGACUGCCUCACUGUCAUUCCGAAGCAAGGGCUGCGUCGAGAGAACAGCGGCAUCUUUGAUUACCAAGACUGCUGGGACCCCAACCGCCUUGAUAGCAAGAGUGGGCUAGACGACGGCUCUGACGGCAGCUGCCGCCGCCCCUUCAAAAGAGCCCGGAGCCCCCCGCAGCCCCUCCUGUUCAGCGACCAACCCGACCUCACCUCCCUCAUUGACACCAACUUCUCUGAGCAAGCCAAGGCCGCAACUGCCCCAGAGCCCCGCCACCGCGCCACCUGCGGCCGGCAGGAGUCUGGCUACGACUUCAGCAGCCUGGUGGAGAAGGUCUGCGAGGAACAGAACCCCUCCAACUGCGUGAACUUCUUGGGCUUCUCUGCCCCCUACGGACAGGUGGCCUUCAGCCCCCAGGCUGGCAGUGGGUCCAGAUCCCCAGGGUGCGGGGGCGAGGAAGGGGACUGCGUAGCCCGCAGGAGCAGCCUUGGGGAUGAGCCCUAUGCUGGACUGGAGAAGAUGCCUCUCCUUCCCUCUUUGGGUGGUGACUUUGAAAGCUCCAUCUGGAGCCUGGAACUGCAAGGGAACCUCAUUGUGGCCGGCCGGAGCAACGGGAGGCUGGAGGUGUGGGAUGCCAUCGAGGGCACUCUGCAUUGCAGUAACGAAGACGGCCAGUCAGGCAUCACCGCCCUUGUCUUCCUGAGCAGCAGGAUUGUUGCUGCUAGGCUGAACGGCUCCCUGGAUUUCUACUCCUUGAGGACGCACACCUCUUUGGAUCACUUCCAGCUCAGAGGAACACCCAGCAGGAGCAGCCUCCCAUCCUCUCCCAUGUACAGCAGCAACGAUGUCAUCACGUGUCAGCUGACCCACACGGUGACUUGCGCUCACCAGAAGCCCAUCACAGCCCUGAAGGCUGCAGCCGGGCGUCUGGUCACAGGGAGCCAGGAUCAUACGCUAAGGGUGUACCGCCUGGAAGAUUCCUGCUGCCUCUUCACGCUGCAGGGCCACUCAGGAGCCAUCACGGCCGUCUACGUUGACCAGACGAUGGUGCUAGCCAGCGGGGGCCAGGAUGGGGCCAUCUGCCUCUGGGAUGUGCUGACGGGCAGCAGGGUGAGCCAUAUGUUUGCCCACCGCGGGGAUGUCACCUCCCUGACUUGCACUUCCUCCUGCGUGAUCAGCAGCGGCCUGGACGACGUCAUCAGCAUCUGGGACCGAAGCUCCGGGAUCAAGCACUAUUCCAUUCAGCAGGAUAUGGGAUGCGGGGCCAGCCUGGGAGUGAUCUCUGACAACCUGCUGGUGACCGGAGGCCAGGGCUGCGUUUCUUUCUGGGACAUCGGCUACGGAGACCUGCUGCAGACAGUCUACCUGGGCAAGAGCAAUGAAUCGCAGCCCGCCCGGCAGAUCCUGGUCCUGGAAAACGCGGCCAUCGUCUGUAACUUUGGCAGCGAACUCAGCCUGGUCUACGUCCCGUCAGUGCUGGAGAAGCGAGACUGAAGCAGGAUCUUGCGGACAGGCCAGAAAUGACCCCCUCCACCUUCUGAUUUUCUAACUAGGAGGGGCAGGGAUCAGGGCAGUCUCUUGGGGAGCAGAGAGAGCCGCUGCCUCUCCCCAUCUUCCAGCAGUUCCAUUUUCUUUCCCCGGUCUGCAAUUUGACCGUGGUGGAAGAGAAGGGGGCUGACAUCUGCAGGGGUUGAGCGAGGGGGUGGUUUUCUCCGUGCUCACAAUAAGCUAAGAAGAACCCAGCACCAGAGGACUGUGGAGGUAGAAUACCCUGCUGUGGUUGGGUGUGAGCAAGCGCUGAGAGAUUGUGGGCUGAGGGAAAGACCCUCCGUCAAAGCCCCGCCUCCCACUUGCAAUCUAUAGAAGGGAGAGGGGUGUGUGAGGAAGGGGCUGCACCCCCAAUAAGUCUUUUGCUCUGGCUGCAGUGCCCAACGCCUCCCUCGAAGGUCUGUCGCUGCAGGAGCUCUUUGCACAUGCCCGUGAGAGCUCCUGCUGGACGGGAUGUGUUUGUGUGUGGCCUCCUGAGGCGCAGCGAUAGCGAGGAACAGCUGCUUCAGUGCUGUUGCUCCACACACACCCUCCUCCCUGAGCUCCAUCCUUCCUCCCUCCUCUGGCAGGCACUGCUUCUGUCCCACACGUGGAAGGAGAAAAAACUGGGCUGGCUGCUGUGCUGGGACUCCAACCCCUGGGCAGGUGGAGGUGGGCGGGUAGGAUUUUGGGGAAGCUGUUUUCCUAGAGGGAAAGAGAGGUGGCACACUGAGAGCCUGUGAGGCCUCUCCAGCUGUCCUACCGAUGGCAUAGUCCUCGUGGCAGCCGCCUCCUCCUCCUCCGGCCUGCUAGGGGAAAGGGUAUGCAUACUGCGCUACCUGCCAUAUUUAUUGAUGUGCUGUACAUAGUUAUUUAUUCUGGCAUGCAAGCGUGAGGGGAGUGGGGAAACUUGAACUCCCAGGAGCAGAAGGCCUCUGCGCCACCUGCUCACGUACCCUCCCUCUGCAUCAGCCUGGUUUGGGCCAGUGAAGGGGCUGCAGGCAGCUGUUCUGCAACAGCUGUCGCUAGCUUUGUACUGUGGAGAGAAAGUGGGGGGCAGGCUUCUGCGCCCAACACUGAGGUGGGCGUCUCCGCCUCCUCUCGUGUCCCAGCCUGCCAGAAUAUCCCUGCUUUUUACACAACUCCAAGAGGGAGAUAGAUGAACGGUUUGCCAGAGCAGCAAAGGCUGCAGUGGCAGACCUUGGAGUCUCAAAUUUCAGUGGUGCCAUUUGCAGCGCCAAAAUUCAGACUUCCCUUGCCUUCCAUUCUGCGUAAUAGUUGCGGCACCCCCCAAGGCUGUUUGCACUCCCCUAAAUCCACAGCAGAGUGCACAACUUUUAUUUUGGGGUGCGCUGGGCUGCAGCUCUGGGAGGAAAGAAAGCAAAAGAAGGAACAGAGGUAGCAGAGAGACAGAGAAAUGGAGGAAGAGCUGCUGGAAAAAGCAACGCUUUUGAAACGGCAAUACCAUUAAUUGACUGUCUAGUUCACGGUGUUUUUACUUUAGCAUCUCCUGCCGUAGGAGCCCUGUAUGCUACUCAAGGGAGCUGGGGGGGGGGCGAUUAACCUGCUGUAUUCUGUUUGUCCCACUGCCCCAAGCUUGGCAGGGGCAAGAGACUACUUUGCAAUGCUGGCCAGUGGAGGCCCAUUCAGGGCCUCAAAGCACCCCCCCCGGCCCCCUUGCGCCCGCUGCUUCCUCUUGGGUCGUCGUCCGUGUCCUCACCAUGCCUCAGGUGGCCUUAGCUCUGCUGUGCCCUUUGGACUGUACAGCGGCAGCUGCUUUUGUACCAGAUUGUGUUUUAUAAUGUGUACAGAGACAGACACAUUAAACAGAACUAACUUAA